AGCAUUUUGCAACUCAAGGGCAACAGUUUUCAAGGCCAUGCUUGCCAUUUCGCUCUGCCUUUUGCCUUUGGCUCUGGCCAUAUGCCAGGACUGUGACACCGAAGUUGUGAAUCUCCUGACUUGGCAUCGCGGUCAUCGUGCUUCCCGGCACCAUCGCGGGGGCCAUUAUGAUGGCCGCAAACACUUUAGGCGGCAGGGUGGGGACCGCGGUCGUAAACACACCAAGCGGCGCAGAAGAGGUGGCGGCGGCGGCGGCAACAACGAUGACACACCGAGUGUCGACACUAGCGAUUCGGGCUACGUGCCAUGUACCUACAACAAGACCUAUGGCUAUCCUGAUGGUGUUGUUCAAGUUGCUCUGGACUCCACCGGGACUCCUUUGACGGAGUUGGACUCGAGAUGCAGUUCUAAUGCUGUCUCCUAUGUGGAUGACAGCGAGGAGGCAAGCUGCAUUCUGAACAGCCCUGGAGAUUACUAUGACUAUGGCAACUGGGAUGCUGAAUCGGCCUGCCCCUACCCCGCUGGUGCCACGGAGUAUCCGACCGUCACGACACGAGCGGCCUUGGUGAUGCGAGUGAUGCCGAAGAGGUUCGAGAGAUCCUCUUCAAGUGUGGCUUUGCAGCAGACUUGUCAGACAAGUCCAUGGUGCAGUGCGAGGCUUAUUACAACAACUUUGUGGCCCUAGGGGACAGCAUCACGAUCAAUGGCACUUACUACAAGUUGGGCAUUGGUCAUGGCCCACUGAAAGGUGUUCGCGGCAAUUGCUAUUUCAUGGAGUAUGAGGGCAGGUACGCACUGAUCUUCCAGGUGGAUAUUCGAUCUUGGUCUUUUGAGUUCACCUAUGACACCUUGCAGUACAUAUACAACAACCAGGGUGACCCUGGAGGAACCUGCCUCAUUCCCAAUGUGCAGAUCAUCGAUUGUGCUGACAUUCCGGGCAUGUCGUAGGCGUAGCAUGGCGUCUCACACAAAACUGACGAGCGAACCACUCAUUGAUGUAUUGUCUGAUGGGAGCUCGGUGCAGCAAAAAUUGCUGCAGGUAUUGCUUGUACUUGGGGA